CACGAAUCGAGACGCAUUUGCUCUCUGUUGCCGGACGACAUUCAGGCUGCGAGGCUGCGACAACAUUCACAAUCCUGCUGCAUAUUGCGACAGACGGCAAUGCGGCCUGCCGUGUAUGGGCGCAUUAAGCUGGAUUUAUAAUUGUCCGUCGUGUUGUAUCGUGUGUACGUUCCGCUGUCCCGCAUGCUGGAUCCAGUAAAGCAAUAAGGAUAGUGCUUACAGGACUUGAUUCCAAUUGGUUGACUUGGCACCGUCUUUAAUCUCUGGUUGGCACUGGCAAACAUAGAGUGAGUACUUUAUUUUCCGAAUCAGCCGCGCGAGCCGAAUCUGUGCAUCUGUGCAUUAUGCUCGCAAAUGACAGUAGUCCUAUGUUAUUUUUUGAUAAAUUUAUUAAGAAAAUCGGUGAUUUAUAUAGAAAUAGUGCUGUUUUUAAUUUGACACGAAUACUAAAUGACUUAAUAUCAAAUAACAACAACAAUAUACCUCUUACAUCCUACUUAUUACCUACAUUCAUUGGUGUUUGAAGAUAACCCUAUAUCACAGGUCAGCAGUGCUUAUAUAUAAAAGAUUUUGUCAUGGCAGCAACAGUUACUAAAGCAGUUGGUGUAACUAAGGAUGUUUUGCCACUGUACUACAGAAUUUUAUCAAAAUUUCCCCAAAACCUGGCAUUUUGCUUCGCAUACGGAUCCGCCGUCAAACCCCAACUAAGCAAUCAAAAGAAACAAAACAUGAUUGACCUGAUUUACUGUGUAGAAAACUCUCAUAGAUGGCACGGGGCGAACAUAGAAAUGAAUCCCUCACAUUACUCAGCACUUCGAUUCCUGGGAAAAGGCUUCAUUGCACAGUUUCAAGAGAAAUGGGGUGCUAGAGUGUAUUUCAACACCCUCGUCGAAAUGAAAGACGAAAAUGUUACAAUCAAGUAUGGUGUUGUCUCACAAAAGGAUUUAAUUGCAGAUUUGCUUGACUGGAAUGAUUUAUAUUUAGCAGGACGGCUUCAUAAACCAGUAGAAAUCAUUAAACAGACAACUAGUUCUCAUUUGCAAAAUGCUUUACAAACUAAUUUAAAAUCUGCUGUUCAUGCAGCACUUUUGAUGUUGCCAGAGUCAUUCUCUGAAUAUGAUUUUUACUUUACCAUUUCCAACCUUAGUUAUGCUGGUGACUUUAGAAUGACUUUUGGAGAAAAUAAAAACAAAGUUAGGAACAUUGUACAACCACAACUUUCAAACUUCCGUGAUUUGUAUGCACCCAUUCUACAACAAUUUCAUAUGUAUGUUGAUAUUCCCACGGGAGACUCCCAGUGCCAUCAAGAUGUACAUCCUGAAACGAAACUCCAUCACCUAAUGCAAUUGCCCAUCAUCCCACAACAGAGAAUAGUAAAAUUUUGGAAUCAUGGAGGGUUGCAACAAGACAUGGAAGAUGUACUCAGAGCUCUUGCUUAUGACAUAGACUGUGCUGUCAUUUUAAGUCAAAUACUGAAAGAUUUAGUAUGGCAAUCUAGUGUAAGACAAUCACUAAAAGGAAUCCUCACAGCAGGAUUUUUGAAAUCAAUUCGUUACAGUUUUAAGAAAAUAUCGAAAAUGUUCUAAAUUUUAAUUUUGUAUUUAGUGUAAAAUAAAAAGUUAUAAUAUGUAUAUAUAUUAUAUAGUUAUAAUUCUUACAGUAAAUGUACAAAAUAAAGUUAGUAUUACAAUCAAUAUUCUUUUUGAUUCAAGAAUUUAAAUCCUCUCUUUUUGUUUUUAGGUGUGAAAAUGUUAUCUGAUGAAUCCAGCAGUGAUUCUGAGACUGGUAGAUUUAAAUGCAGAACAAAGACUCAAGAUGAUCAAUCUAAAAGCAAUAGGAAAGAAGAACAUUUUCGAUCAUCUGCUAGAAGUAGACCUGAUAGUGACAGGUUUCGUAGAGAAUUAGAAAAACCUAGUAGAGAUGAUAAAGAUAGGCAUGAUAGAUAUCCAAGAGAUAGAAAUAGAUUUUCAAGACAUUCACCUCCUAGAAGGCGUUCAAGAGAGAGAAGCUCUGGCCGCAGGUCACAUGAGCAUCAUAGGCACAGUAGGAAUAUAAGAGAAGGCAGUAAACCUAGCAGGAGAAGCACUAGCAAGGAUAGAAAAAGAGAUUCUAGAUCCAGAUCUCACAGAUCACCAGAACAUAAAAAAGAUUUAAGAAAAGAAAUAAAACAUAACAUUUCUCGAGAAAAAAGUGAAGAAAAGUCUUCAACAAGACCAAGAGAGAAAGUCACUGCAUUGCCUGAUCAGAGAGGGAAACGAUCUGAAAUUUAUAUAUCACCACCAAUGAAAGUAAACAAAAGCAAAAGUACGAGUCCAAUUGUUGUAGAACGGCAUAGUGACUCAUCAGAAGAAGUUCAACCAGGAUCUUACUACAGUAUGAUACCUGCUGUUAUCAAAGAUAAGUCUGAAGAGUCCAGUGAAAUAGACUCUUCUGAUGAUGAAAAACUUAGAGCGAAACUUUUAAACUUAGAAAAAGAGCUUCAUAAAACCAAAAAGAAAAAGCAUAAGAGGAAACACAAAAAGAAGCAUUCAAGAUCAAAGGACAGAGAACCAGAUCCCCCUACUGUUGUUGUAGAAGUUAGUAGCACUACGGAUAUACAAGACAAUGUGAAUAAUGAAGAACCCAGUCAACCUGAUGUUGUAGAAGUUUCUUCAACACAGAAGAGUGUUCAAAAAGAAAGUGGAGAAGAAGGCGAGAUAAUAAGUGAUGAUGACUCACAGAGCCAAUAUGAGAUUGACCCCAAUGAUUUAAGACACAAGUUGAAACGUUCAAUAGCCAAGCCUCAAAUCAAAACGGUAACUUGUGGUCCUACUUUACCACCAAACCUAGAAAAACACAAAAGUAGAAAAUCGCCUGUGAUUGAAGGACCUGCACUACCACCUCAUUUGCAGAAGAAACCAAAACACAUAGGACCUGCCAUACCAGAUAAUAUACGAAAAGUCUUAUCCGAAAAUGUCAGCACAUAUGAAAGUCCUGAUGAGGAUGAUGGUAUUGGUCCACUACCUGCUGGAUCUGAGGAGAAGUGGUCAGAGGCACAUCAACGGCUAGAAGAACGAGCUCUAGAUAUGAAAAUUAGAAAAUUAGAUGGGCAUUCACUGCAUAAGGCCGAUGUGAAAUCUCGCGAGGAAUGGAUGCUGAAACUUCCUGAGGGCAAAGCCAAAUAUUUGGGAUUAGAAGCACGAAGUUUUAGGGCUAAAGAAGGACCAGACAUGUCUGAUAGGUCGAGUUGGACAGACACUCCUGAAGAGAAGGCCCGUAAAUUAGCUGGUAUUGAAAAGGAGGAAGAUAUGGAUGCAGCUUUGCGCAACGAUGCACGAGCAAGACAAAUUGCGAAUAGAGAUGACGAACAAGAAGAUGCAAUCAGGAAACACAAGAAAAAGCACAGAAGGGAUGAGAGCUUAUUGGAAAUGCACGAAAGAAAACUGAAGAAAAAGAAAAAGAAAGAAGAAAAGGACGAAGACAAGAAGGAGCGUCGACCAUUCAGUCGUGACGUGGACCUUCAAGUGAACCGUUUUGACGAGGCUCAAAAGAGGUCGAUCAUUAAGAAGGCACAAGGCCUUGACACGAGAUUCUCGCGGGGUGAAGCGAAAUACCUAUGAUUUUAUACUUUAUAUUACUGUGAACGAGUUGGUCCUCGAGCCCUUUCAGUGAACUUAAUAGCCAUACUGUGCAAUCCCCCCAGUCUAUAAGAAUUUCCAAUGUGAGUACCUUAUCGAAGGCGACGUUACUUUGUCUAUUUCGUGGAAAAUAUUUGCAUCGCUGUUGGUCAAUGACAUAGCAUGACGGAUUUAUUGAAUAAUCAAUAAUAAUAAUAUACCCACGUUUGAAAUGUUUUUAUUUUAACUUUAUGAUGUUACACAAAAGUCAAGGUCAGUGCACAUAUAUCACAUCUUAUCGGAUUUGCAUUUGUUCUGUUUCAAUUAAAUUCGAUAGAGUGUUGUAUAAUAAACCAAAAUAUACUAUUUUGGUAUGGUAAUAGUAUAUUUUGGUUUAUUAUUAUUGGUAAAGGUAAAAAUAAUCUGUAAUUCUGAACCUGAUCUCGAAUAAAUACUUACUUGUGUAAAAAGUCUAAUUAUUUAAGAAAGUCUUAUGUAAAAUAUAUACAACGCAUUAUUCAAAUUGGAAGCAUCAUAACCAUUAAGCGAUAUUUGUUUAAUGAUGAAUAUACCUAGUUUUUAAAUAAGACUCUCUUAAAUAAGUAGACAAUGGUAUAAUUCAUAGGAUGGUAAUUUUAUUCCUAAGCGUAUUUCACUAUAUUAGACAAGGUAUAAGGCGUGCAUAUUUUUCAUUCAUACGUAACUUUUUUGAAAGUCGCUGCAGUAUUUGAAAAAUAUGUGUGUACGUUUUAAAAUUUUUAAAACCAAUUUUUGUAGAGCAUAUCAGCGUGACAUUAUUUUUAUGCAUCGCUUAAAACAACAAAAAUGUCAAAAAGCGUAAUAAUUGAAAAAUAAUUUUCCGAUGCCAAGAAACUAAAAUGUUGAUUUCCCAAUAAUCUCCCUUGUUUCGUGUUUUUUACGUUUGUAAAGCAUCAACGCAAUAAUAAUUCAUUACCGUUUAAGAAAUCAGAACUGUAUUUUUCAAUACUGUGUGUCGGUUGAUCUCAAACUAAUUUUCGACCCAAAUUGGCUUCGAUAGAGCAGCUUAUGCGAGCCUCAUAAUUUGAAUUCAUUUGAGGGAAAUUGUUAAAAUAUUAAGUACUAAUUUUAACAACUACUAUCUGGUAUUAUACUGCAGUGCGCUUGAUAAACAAUAAUGUUUUAACCUAAAUGGACACACAGUAUAAGUGUCUCCUAUUUUUAAAUAUUGGAUAAGGCUUAAGUAACUUUUAAUUUUUCAUGAAUUUAUGACGUUAGUUUUUAUUAUCUGUUUAGUUAAACUGAAAUUGAAGAAUUACGUUAAAUUAUAAAAUGUAAGUUAAGUACAAUAAUGAAUUGAUGAUUUUCUGGUGAUGAUUUUAUUUACUUAUCUGUAACUACCGCCCGUCUAUGUAAACUCAAUACGGUAAUGAAUUAUGCGACACAUAUUUUUACAACAAUAUUUGUACAGAUUGUAUACUUACAUACCAACCGUUUGAAAUUUAUAGUGUAGCCUGUGUAAAUAAACUUGAUUUGAUGUAU